AGACGACAUCUUAAAUUAGAUGAGACGAUCAAAAUUUGGUUUACGCAAUAAGUAAAUAAAUAUAUAAGUACAUAUAUAUAUGUACAUCAGUUAACAAUUGAAACAUUACAAGUUAAUUUUGGUUUGUUUUAUCUCGUGCGGAUAUUGGAUAUUAAAUUCAUUGAACAUUGAAUUUAUUGAAUAUUGAACGAACUCUACACAGAAAACAGAAACAAUAUUUCAACUACGUUUAAGUUGCUUUCUAUAUACACAACAUCGAAGUUUUAUCUACCAAAUUCAAUCAGUGAAUUAAACUUUCAAGAAAAUUACAAUUUGAUCAGUGAAAUUACCGAUACCCAUUAAAUAAAUAAUGAGUAAAAAGAGUUCGUCCAAAUCGUCAUCUGGACGAAAAUCUUCAAAAAGCGAAUUGACACCAGAACAAAUCGCAAAUCUUAAAACAGAACUUUAUCAAUUAGCUAAGCAUAAUCUGACUCCUUUACCAAAUGAAGCUGAUUUUGCAACAUGUGAUGAUACACUGAAUCGUUUCUUAGUAGCAAGAAAUUAUGUUGUUGAAGAUGCUUUUAAACAACUGAAAACAGCUGUAGAAUGGCGUCGUGAAUAUCAACCAUUAAAAAUUCAAUGUAAAUGGUGUCAUGAAACACCAGGAUUUCAUUCAGUUCGACAAGUGGGUUUCGAUCGUGAAGGUCGACCGCUGAUGUAUGCAUGUUUUGCUCAAUGUCAAACAUUGAAAAAUAAUCCAGAUGAUGUUAUAUGUCAUAUGGUUUAUUUAAUUGAACAUGCAAGACGAAGUGUACGAACUUCAGUGAAUACAUUAGUAUUUAUUAUUGAUUGUACAGGAUUAACUGUAGCAUGUUGUAAUCCAAAAAUUGGUAAAAAAUUUGUACAAACAUUUGCUGAUUGUUAUCCAGAAACAUUGUAUAAAUUUAUUCUAAUUAAUCAUAGUACAUUUUUUCAUGGUAUAUGGAAAGCAAUCAAAGUAUUUAUUGAUCCGAAUACAGUGAAAAAAGUUAAAUUAGUACGUAAAGAAAAAAUCCAACGAACAUUUAACGAGAUGUUCACUAGUGAAACAGUCAAUUGGUUAUUAGAUGAAAUCAAAUUGAAUAAAACUAAUAUUUCAGAGAAUCAAUUGAAAUUUUGGCAACCACCAUCUACAUCAUCAUCGGAAUCUCAUGAUCCACGUGGUACACGUGAAUACAUUCAACAAUGUAUUGAACCAUUGAAAGUAUUAAUUGAACAAAAACAAUCAUAUCAAAGUCAUUUCAUAUUGAAUUAUGAUAAUUUAGGCUUGUAUAUACAUAUGCCACAUACAAAUAUUAUGGAUUGUAUGAAUAGAACAUUAAAACAAACUAAAAUUAAAGCACUGUUCAAUGGUAAAAAUAUUAAACCAGAUAAAGAAGAAUUACAAUCUUAUGGUGUAGAUCCAAAUGAUAAUCUGUCCGAGAUUAGUGGUGGUUCUGAAGAAUAAUUAUUAUUCGGGAUUGUGAAUUUGAUUUGAUUAUUUGAGUAUAUAGAUAUGUGUGUUGUUUUUGUUUAUCUUACUAGAUUUUUCAAUGGUUUGUUUGUUGGUUUAUCGAUUUAUUUAACUAAAAAACUGAUCAAUGUUCAAUAUAUAUAUAUAUAUAUAUAUAGAUAGAUAUACAUGUGUAUAUUGAAAUUUUGAUUGUAAAUUUUUGAUGUUUCAAUUAAAACAAG